UCAGGGGCUCUGGGUGAACUUGGCCAUGUCUGCGAGGCAUGGGGUGGAGAUGUGGCCCUCUUUUGAGCCACAGCGCUCUCUGCAUCAGAUUCCAGAGAAGCCAGACUGGGAUAUCACUCGGGCCCACGCCCUGGGCAAACGCAGGGUCUCCGUGGGAAGCGCGGAGGUGGGGGGGACGCGAGGGCGGCGGGCGGGGAACUGGCUCCCCUCCUCUGCUCGCUCCCCUCGCGAGGGCCAGGUCUCCAGCGCCGAGCGCCGGAGGAGGCCAUCAGGGGCGGGCCCGCGGCGAGGCUGCCCUCCCCUCGGUGACGUCCCAGAGGGCGGAGGACCGCUCGCUGGCUCCGCGCCCUCCCCGCCUCCUCCGGGUGCCGGGUCCGACGGUCCCCGGGAGAUGCUGCUGCCGCCUUUGCAUUUGCUGUGCACGCUGCUACGGGUCCGUCCGCUCCACCGCCGUGGCGCCGCGGGGUGCGAGGUCGCACCCGAGCCGGGCCAUGCAGCCAGGAGCCGUGCUGCAGGCCAUGCUGUUGGCUGCGCUGCUGGCGGGGCCCCGGGGCGCCACCGGCCGUCUGCUGAGCGCCUCGGACUUGGACCUCAGAGGAGGACAACCAGUCUGCCGAGGAGGGACACAGAGGCCUUGUUAUAAAGUCAUUUACUUCCACGAUGCUUCUCGAAGACUGAACUUUGAGGAAGCCAACACAGCCUGCAGGAGGGAUGGGGCCCAGCUAGUCAGCAUCGAGUCUGAUGACGAACAGAGACUGAUAGAAAAGUUCAUUGAAAACCUCCUGGCAUCUGAUGGUGAUUUCUGGAUUGGGCUCAGGAGGCGUGAAGAGAAGCAAAGCAAUAGCACAGCCUGCCAGGACCUUUAUGCGUGGACGGAUGGCAGCACAGCAACAUUCAGGAACUGGUACGUGGAUGAACCUUCGUGUGGCAGCGAGGUCUGCGUGGUCAUGUACCAUCAGCCGUCGGCACCUGCUGGCGUCGGGGGCCCCUACAUGUUCCAGUGGAAUGACGACCGGUGCAACAUGAAGAACAAUUUUGUUUGCAAAUAUUCUGAUGAGAAACCAACAGCUCCUUCUACAAAGCCUGGAGAUGAAAGAACAGAGCCAGCAACACCCACGCUUCCAGAAGAUACAGGGAAAGAAGAUGCCAGAGAGACAUUUAAAGGAAAUGACGAAGCCGCCUUGAAUCUUGCUUACAUUCUAAUCCCCAGCACCGUCUUUCUCCUCGUGGUCAUCACGGUUGUCUUUUGGGUUUGGAUCUCUAGAAGGAGGAAACGGGAGCAGCCAGGCCCCAGCACGAAGGAGCAGCACACCAUCUGGCCCUCUCCUCACCACGGGGACAGCCCAGACCUCGAGGUUUACAAUGUCAUACGAAAACAAAGUGAAGCCGAUUUAGCUGAGACCCGGCCAGACCUGAAGAACAUCUCAUUUCGAGUGUGUUCAGGCGAAGCCACUCCCGAUGACAUGUCUUGUGACUAUGACAACAUAGCUGUGGACCCCUCCGAAAGUGGAUUUGUGACUCUGGCGAGCUUGGAGAGCGGCUUUGUGACCAAUGACAUUUACGAGUUCUCCCCGGACCGAAUGGGGAGGAGCAAGGAGUCUGGAUGGGUGGAAAAUGAAAUAUAUGGUUAUUAGGACACAUGAGAAACGCUUGAACGAACGGGAAUGGGCAAGAAAAGGGGAGCAAACUUCUCCUAUUUUCUAUGAGGAGAAGACUCAGAAAGUCUAUGAAAAUCUCUGAUCAGGUCGUGGGGAUGAGCAUGUGAUCUCCAUUAGCCCCUUUUGGAUCCCCAAGUUUGGCCAGAUCCCCUAUCCCCGAUUCUCCCCCAGAUCAACCUUAGGAGAAAGCCUUGCCCGUGGUCAGGCACGUAGUAGAAAAUACCAGUUGAUGGGUUACUUCUGACUUUCAAGGGACUGCGCUUUCCUUGGCAGGGAGAAGGUUGUGGCUGCGGGACUCAAGAGUCCCACCUCUGGGUUCUCUGUUUCUUACUCUGUACAGCAGUACGUAUAAUCACAGCAAGACAGAAAUUACUAACUCUUUGCAAAGCCCACGUCCUCUGUCAUCAGGCUGGCCUGUGCGUCGGUAAUUCUAAGGUCCGUUUUUUUUCAAAGAAUCAAAUCAAAUCAAAAGCA